GUUGCAGCGAUGGCAGCAGUGGUCUUUGACUAUUGUUUGAUGCUUCCACAAGAGGUCCAGUUGAUCUGGGGAAAGAAUUGGGGCAUCAUUAGAGUUUUGUUUACUCUCACUCGUUAUGCUACCUUGAUGGGUACUGCUAUGACCACGUAUGCUGCGGUGACUGACCAGUCUAAGUACACAAGUUGUGCGACUUUCGACAAUGUUUCAUAUGGCCUGCUUAUUUUUCGCACAUGGGCCUUUUGGCAUCAGAACAAGAAAACGUUGGUGUGGCUUCUCGUUGUUGCUGCGUUUUCCAUUCUAGGGGCUGUUGGAGUGACAAGAGUCGCAGGCAUCCUCCAUAUCGCUGGUCCUCAGACUCCACCAGUCGACCAGACAGGCUGCAUAUUUGAAAAUGGAAAGGAUGACGCCAUACAAUAUGGUUUUUUGAUCAUUUAUGAGCUAGCACUCAUGAUCCUUACGAUAUACAAGAGAUUCAACUUCUACAAAGAUGCUCGAGGUCGCCUCGCCACCAUACUUUAUCGCGAUGGGAUGAUAUACAUGACCUGCAUCAUAAUGGCAUCCUUCGCAAAUAUUCUUAUCGCCCUGGUUGCUCCUGGCACGUACGCCGACAUCCUGGAUGCACCACAACUCGUGAUCCAUGGAGUGCUAGCCUCCCGUAUCUUACUCAAUCUGCAACAUGAGAACCAUCAGUCUGGUUCUGCGAUCAUUGACGCAAUCUUUCCUAUGGUUGAUAUGUGUCGCACCCCUGGAGGCCAUAGGAUCGUGGAAGGGUAGUUUUGCACAUUCGGCG